AUGACAGCUUCGGAUCGACGUUCGCUGCAUCGCAGCAAGGCGCUGCUGGCGUUGCUGCUAGCUGGCUGCCUGUUGUCAGUCGUCGGAGUUGUGCAUGCCGAGCAGGUACCGUUCAGUACGGCAGCAUCAACUUCCCAGGCGGGCACCGACUAUGCUCCACAGGAAGCCUACGAAGAAGCUCUCCGUCUACUUCGCACCACCAUCCGAACCAAGUCUCCUCGUACCAAGGUCGCCAGAUCGGGAGCGAAGUCGGUCUCCUCUUCAUCCUCUUCGCCUUCAUACUCUCACAAAGACGACGACACACCAUCCACAUUCAAAUCCCUCAGAGAGGUGAACGCCGCUAGUGUCGCCCGCUCGUUGCGACGAUGGUAUCGAACCAUCCUGGAUGCUGCAAGUGAUGCCGCUGCGUUCGACGCCGCUGUCAGCGCAAAGGCCAAAGGCACCAGCUCCAUCAAAGUUGAUGGCGCUCAUCGGUGGCGAGGUCCACCCAUCGCACCCUCUCAGCACGAAUCACAAUGGCCCGGGGACAGCCCAAUACCGCUGUGGCCAGACUGGGAAAGGUUGUCAGAAGGAACGACGCCAGUGAAUCCAACAGACAGCGUAUGGGAGAGCAUCAUGUUCGGACCCUUUCAUAGCAAGAGCGCAGCAUCCUCGGAUCUGACGAUCGCAGUACCUUCAGAUCACAACGGCGGCGACAGCGAAGGCAGUCCGGCAACGCGAGAUGCGGUCUCGCUGCUCAUUUUGGCUGGAUGGGGUCGAGACUCGGUCGACUGGCAAUACGAAGCGUAUGCUUCCACGGCUCGCAAUGGAUCUAGCUUACUUCAUGCCGCUUUCGACAAAGUGACACCGACCGGGGGACCCGGUGGCGACGGAUCGCCAGCUUUGGCAGAUGCGCUGUGGGUGCUGGGAGAGCAUUCGUUGUGGGGCACGCACGGAAGUCAGCCCAAUCUCGCUCGUGCUCGUGCCUGCUAUCAACGCCUUGCGGACCUCAGCCACGAUCAGUAUGGCAACUCGACGGCCGGCAACGCCAGUGCGCAUGCUCGCUUGGCUUUCCUUGAGGGCAGUGGCUGGGAGUCGACAGUUCGAGGCGACUGGAAGCCUCUCCCCAACGACGUCAGCGCUUGGUCCUCAUUCUCCUCUUCGCCAACCUUUGACGACGUACGCUCGGCUUGGAAGAGAAGGCGCGAGCUGUUCGCCCAGCUCAAACACGACGAUGGACAACGACAAGCCAAGGCCGUCCUUCACUACACCAUUGCUGCCAAUGCAGGUCACGCUCCAUCGCAGAUGGCGCUCGGUUUCCGGUACAAGCAGGGCAUCGGCGUAGCAUCCUCUUGCUGGAACGCGCUCGAGCUCUACGAGAAAGCGGCCGAAGACACCUACAAGCGCUUCAAGGCCGGUCCUCCGGGCGGACUCACGUUGCCGUACACCAAGAUCCGCAUCUCCGACCUCGACGGCGGCGCAUACGGUCCUGGCGCCUCCGUCGCUUCGACUGGCUUUGCUGUGUUGAAUCCAGCGGUGCAAGCUGCGCUCAAUCGCCAGCCCAGCUCGACUCGUGAUCCUUCAGCGCUCGAAGAUCUGCUCGAGUAUCACAUCUACCUGGCUGAGCACGGCGACGUGAAGAGUUCCCUGUUCAUGGCGCAUGUGUACUAUCACGGCAGCAUCUACUCGUCCAGCGAAGCGGCAGGCGCCGUUCGUCGAGACUACCGACGUGCGUUGACGUGGCUCCUGCGUGUCGCCAAGGAUGUGUGGCCUCGCAAGGCAGGAGAAGUGAAGCGCGGUGGCCCAGCCGGUUACACAGCAAAGCCGGGCGACAAGAGCGAGGACGUGCAGCUCAAGGUGGAGGACCACUUGCUCGCACACGCUGGCUCAGCGGCCGGCAUGAUCGGUCAGAUGUACCUGCGGGGCGAAGGCGUCAAGCAAGACUUUGCACGAGCAUGGAUCUGGUUCUCGCGCGGCAAGGACACAGGCGAUCCCGAGUCGUACAACGGGCUCGGUGUGAUGCUGCGUGAUGGUCUAGGGGUACCAGUCGAUAUCGUCACUGCCACCAAUUACUUCGAGGCAGCGGCCAAAGUGCGACACAGUGGAGCCAACGUCAACCUGGGGAGGAUCCAUAUGGAUAUGGGCGACCUGGACAACGCAGCCAAGUGCCUCACCGUCGCCUCGAUGGGAGAGAGCCGUUUCGAGGCAGUCUACUUGCUCGCCAAAGUCAACGCUCGUAUCGCACGCAAGGAGCAGUCGAGUGAUAGCUGUCGCAAGGCGCUGUCUGGCUUCAAGCACACAGCUGAGCACGGAGACUGGUCGACGCGCAUCUCGCACAAGGCCGAGCAUGCCUGGCGGCGCAACCAGCGUCAGAAGGCGCUGCUCGGCUGGGCACUGGCGGGCGAGAUGGGCUACGAAUCGGCUCAGAACAACGUGGCAUACAUGCUGGAUCGCGCCAAUUCUCGCGCUCGCGUCCUCGAUCUCACAAGCAGCAACGUCAAGCAGGACGGCAACUUUACAGACCGGUUGGCGCUGAUGCACUGGACCCGAUCGGCGGCGCAGAGCAACGUGGACGCGAUGGUCAAGAUGGGCGAUUACUACUUCCAUGGCAUCGGCACGGGCAAUCCUGGGCAGCCCGCCUACGAAAAGGCGGCAGCUUGCUACUCUGCCGCUGCUGACAAAGGCGUCUCCGCUCUCGCCUAUUGGAAUCUCGGGUGGAUGUACGAAAACGGCAUCGGUGUCGCACGCCAGGACUUCCAUCUCGCCAAGCGAUACUACGACACGGCCGUGGAGACCAAUGUCGAAGCGUAUCUGCCGGUCACGUUGAGCCUGAUCAAGCUUCACAUCCGUGCAAUUUGGGCGGCCGUCUUCCGAUCCGAGUCGAGUCAGAGUGCCAUCUCGCUCCUCUCAUCGUACGCUUCGUCGGACAGAGGCAACACAGCGUACACAGAGGCAGAAGAGCAGCAAGCAGCAGUCAAAGAGAAGCAGGCCGAGGAGAAAUUGAAAAAGGUAUACGAAGAGCAGGGGGGUGGUUAUGGCGACCCGAACGAGCCAGAGACGUGGGCUGCGAGGGAGGGCGAGACGGACGAGGAUCUGGACGACAUGAUCGAGUCGGGUCUGCUCAUCUUGGCGCUGGGUGGGCUGGCGUAUCUGGCAUACGUGCGGCAGAAUGUACAGCUUCAGCUGAGGAGGGAGAGAAGGGAGCAGGGCGAUGAUGCACAACAACAGCAGCCGCAUCCAACACAGCAGCAGGAACAGGGAGAGCAACAACCCGCUCCGCGUCAACCGAAUCCGUGGGCACCGUUGGGUGACGAGCCCAACGCGGCCGCCAACUUUCUUGCUGGGCUCUGA